AUGGGCCCUCCGCCCGCCGGCGGUCCUCCUCGCCGUGGAGGCCGGCCGCAGCACUACUCGCCAGCCCAUGCCUACCAUCACAAUCAUCACCAUCACCCACAGCAACAUGUCGGUCAGCCAAUGUACGCCGCCAACUACAUGACGAACCCUUACGCUGCGCCCGCCCACUACUACGUUCCUCCGCCCUACCCGAACGGCGGCGUGCCCGGCCCGACCGGCUACAUGCCGUAUCCUAACGCCGGAUAUGUCCGAUCACCUCCCGCCAUGCCGCACUUUGCUCCGCUGCAGCAGACCUAUGGCCGCCCCCCGCAACACUCCCCGAUCGUCUCGUCGCCAUACCACCCACCGCCCCCUGUCGCGCCUGUCCUUCCUAUCCCGCACACUCCGUCCUCUACGCACUCUCACGUCGUCCCGCUACCCAUGACUCCUCCUUUACAGCAGGUACAUGAAGCUGUCCAGCAGCCGCUACCAGUUCCGGUACAGUUAUCUCAACAACAUGAGCCUCUACCCGAGCCUGUGCCCGAGCCCGUGCUCGAGCCCGUGCCUGAUACCCAGCUUGCGUCCCGGCCAGGAUCACAAUUAGACGUGCGAUCAGAGGUUAAUGUCACACAGCAGUCCUCCGAAUUGCCCGCCAAGCCAUCUGCAACGGCUUCCGCCUCGCCCUCGAGACAACCGUUUAGACCACCUCUUCCCUGGCUAUCUGUCCCUGAACUUCCGUUCCCGCAGCGCGCCUCAAGGUUGAGGAGGAAACGGAGAGCGCUCGGUGCCGACGCCGAGCGGUUAGAACUGCCUGAGCAACGCGCACGCGGCGCGGAGACUGCUGCCGAGACACCACGAGCAACCACGGCUGCCGAAGAGGAGAGUCUGCAAGUGGCGGUCGAGCCACAAAUCGCUGACGCUACCCCGAGACCGGAACCCAAGUCUGAAUCCCAUAUCCCUCGGUCUGAAGCCCCUUCGACGCAGAGCCGGUCCACCGAAGACACUGUAUCGACAUCAUCAACCACACCAAGCUCAGUUCACCCUCCGAAACCGUCCACUGUCGCCCAGGGUUCUCCGGCUGCUGUGGAGCCAGUGGCGCCUGCUGUACCAGCGCUCCCUGUGAUCCCUGCCCUGCCCAAGCCCAGCGCGAAGGAAACCAAGCCCGCCGCUGGUGUUGAGAAGAGCUCUGCUGAAGCCAAGCCCGCUGCUGCCGCUCCUGGCGAGCAGCAAGCCGAGCCGGCCAAGUCGGCCGCCCAAGGCGAGAAUGGUGCCACUGAAGUGAAGACAGCCGAGUCGGCUCAGCCGGCUCCUGCUCCGGCGAAGCCCAAGCUGUGGACCGGUCUGUUUGCUAAGCCUAGCUCCUCUGCUGCAGCAAGCUCGAGCUCUGUAGCCGCCGCUGCUCAAGCUCAGACCAACGGAACCGCAACAGACGGGGCGAACGCUUUGCCCGGGGCUGGAAGCUUUGCGAAGGCCAACGCCAGCUCGCUUGCCCAAGCCCUGCAAGCCUACCGCCCAACUGCCCCGGACAGGCUGGCAUUCCUGGAGCCCAGAGGGCUGGUAAAUACUGGCAAUAUGUGCUAUAUGAAUUCUGUGUUACAAGUUCUCAUCUUCUGCAUUCCCUUCUACGACUUCUUGGAUCAGGUCAGCAAGAAGGCUGCCCACAGCUUCAAGAGCGAGACUCCUCUGGUGGAUGCCAUGGUUAUGUUCAUGCGCGAGUUCAAGGCGAUUGACUCGGUCGCUUCGGCCGAUCAGUUCCAGAAACGCCUCAAGAGCGAGGAGUACGAGAAAUAUGGCGAGCCCUUUACCCCAGAGUUCGUCUACGACGCCAUUCGCACGCUUCCGCGUUUUGCGAGCAUGAGGCGCGGCCAUCAGCAAGAUGCCCAGGAGUUUCUUGGAUUCCUCCUCGAGGGACUGCAUGACGAGUGUGCUCAGGUGAUGCGUGCCGCGCCAGCCUCAACUGCUUCUACCGCUCCGAGCUCUUCCGUUCCGUCGCCUACCUCGUCAAGGGCCAACGACGCAUUGGGGGGCGCCGAUGACUGGCUGGAGGUUGGCCCCCGCCAGCGGUCCGCUGUGACCCGGUCUUCUGGCCACUCCCACACCUCGUCGCCCAUCACCAAGAUUUUUGGCGGACAGCUCCGCUCGGAACUGCGUGUCCCGGGCAACAAGAACUCGGUCACUCUGGAGCCGUAUCAGCCGCUACAGCUCGACAUCGGCUCCCCCGAGAUCCGCAACAUCAUCGAUGCUCUCAAGGGUCUCACGCGGCCUGAGGUGCUCCACGGCGAUUUCAACUCACCGCACGGCAAGGAUGUUCGGGCGACCAAGCAGGUCUUCAUCGAGUCGGUGCCGCCGGUCUUGAUAUUGCACCUGAAGCGCUUCCAGUUCGACGCCGAAGGCUACCGGGGAACCGUCAAGAUUUGGAAGAAGGUCGGUUAUCCGCUGGAGUUCGAGUUCCCGCGGGAAGUGCUGUCGCGCCAGACGCGCAACAGCAUCCUUGCCGAGAACUCGGGCGCUCCCCGGUACCGCCUGAUUGCCGUCGUCUACCACCACGGCAAGAACGCCAGCGGCGGGCACUACACUGUCGACGUCCGUCGCCAGGACGGCCGCGAGUGGAUCCGUAUCGAUGACACGGUCAUCAGGCGGGUGCGGGACGAGGAUGUGGCCGAGGGUGGCGCCGAGGAGGAUGCCGGCAAGAUUAUUGAGAGCCGGAAAGACGCGAGCGGCGCACCUGCUUCAGGCAAUAGGUUCCUUGGCAUCAGCGAUGAGGACACUGGAGACGAGGAAGGCUGGAAGCAGGCGCCCGCCGGCAAGAGGUGGAGCAGCGUUGUCAAUGGCGCCUCUUCGGCUGCUUCCACCAAUGGCCUGAAGGCUAAACAGCUGCACAAGGAGAGCAUGAAGGAGAACAAGGUCGCGUACCUGCUGUUCUAUCAGCGGAUCUGA